AUGGAUCCUCUGGGCCUCGGCCCGGUGGCGGCGACGGCGGCGGCGGGGCUCUGGCCUUGGGCCCCGGGGAGCGGAGGGAGCCAGCUGGGCUUGGUGAGCUUUGAGGAUGUGGUUCCGCACUUUUCACCCGAGGAGUGGGAGCUGCUUGAUGAAGCCCAGAAACUCCUGUACUGUGACGUGAUGUUGGAGAAUUUCACACUCCUAGCUUCGCUGGGAUUUACAGCUUUCCAGUCUCAUGUGGUUGCUCAUCUGGAGAUGGAGACCAAGCCAUGGAUCCCUGAAGGAGGGGCUCUGACUUCAGCCGUGGAGAAUGGAGUUUGUGAUGCUGAUGUCUGCCAGGGUGCGGAGGGCGGGCAGCCUCUUGGUGGCUGCAGCAUUUCUGGAGAAGGAGCAUUCCAGCACGGGAGCCCCAAGAUGGCUCUGUGUAUCCGAAGGGCCUACCUGUGUGGCCUGACCCUGAAAGACACUUUGUACCCAGGCCAUUACCAAGUCGCACUUCCCAGUCAGAAGCCGUUGAAGGUUGGGGUGAAUGGUGCGGGAUUGGAGCUCCCUGCAUGCCCUCCCCUGGGGCAGGGGGCCCAGCUGAACACCGCUCCAGAUGUGAGAAGGGAGGAGAGCAGGGCCCUCCUUAUGAAGCCCGAUGGAGCCUCCCCGUCCGAGAAGCCUUCGCCAUGCAGGGAGAUCGGAGGGGACUUCGUGGUGGAUUUUAUGGCUGCCUCAGGUUUUCUGCCACCUCAGACCAUGCCCUGGGCCCAGGAGGGCCUGGCACGCGCCCCUGCCACACAGAAGCAUGGCAAGAUGAGUGAAUUUGGGGACACUCACAGUGACAAAUCUACCCUCAUUCAGGACAUGCGAGUCCACACCGGAGAAAGGCCACAGGAGUGGAUCAAGUCUGGCCUGUUCUUGCCUCAUGCCACCAGCAGUCUCUCACCCCAAAACACUGACAGUAGAGCACCCCCUUACCCUGGCCGCCAGUAUGGAACCUCUUUCCCUCAGCACUCCAGCCUCAUUCAGCUAGACAUGGUUUCCAGCGGUAGAAACACUCACGAAUGGGGCGCGGGGGGGAACUCCUUCAGCUGGAACUCCAGCCUCCCUCCACCCCAGAAAGCCCACAGCAGAGCAAACCCUUCUGAGUGCCCCAAUCGCGGCGAGUUCUUCAGCCAUCUCGAUCUGGUUCCACACCAGCGAGCGCCCAGCAGCGACCCGCAGCUGCCUUUCGGGUGUGGGGAAUGCGGGAUGUUUUUCAGUGACAGAGCCAGCCUCAGGAAGCACCAGAAGAUCCACACGGCCACCCGGACUUUCGGGUGCAGUGAGUGUGGGAAGGUGUUCACGCGGAGCUCAGAUCUCAUGAAGCACCACCGAGUGCACACUGGGGAGCGGCCCUAUGAGUGCCUCGAGUGUGGAAAGUUCUUCAGCCAGACUUCCAGCCUCAACAGCCAUCGGCGGCUUCACACCGGGGAAAAGCCCUUCCAGUGCACCGAGUGUGGGAAGUUCUUCAACCAGAGCUCCAGCCUGCACAACCACCGCAGGCUCCACAGCGAGGAGCGGCCUUACCGGUGCGGCGAGUGCGGGAAGACCUUCCGGCAGAUGUCCAACCUCCGGCAGCACCAGAAGAUCCACAAGCCCGACAAGCCCUACCGCUGCAAGGAGUGCGGCAAAGCCUUCAGCCAGCUGCCCACCAUGAUCCGGCACCAGAAAAUCCACCUCCGAGGACGAUUGGCGGGGGGGACAGGGGGGGCACUGCCUUCUCGUUCAACACCAGGCCCCCAGCCACCCCAGGGCAGCUCUGGCAAUGGCCCGGGGAAGGAAGUGGCCAGCCAGGUGUUGAACCUUGCUCAUCCAAGCGUUCCCAGUGGGACGAUGCCCAGUGACUGUUAGAAACGUUUGGAGCUUUGAGAACC